ACUGAUAGCUACAGAGGAAAAGACAACCUGCAUAAAGAACCCCAGAACCUGCAUGAGCUGCGAGUCUUCCUCGGGAUGUGCGGAUGGUGCUGCCUGUGGAUCAUGGACUAUGGACUAACUGCAAAACCCCUGAAUGAAGCCCACAAGACACAGCCGUUUACCUGGGGCAAACCACAGGAGGAGACCUUCCUCAAACUGAAGGAGGCAUUGACAACAGCUCCAGCAUUAGGAUUGCCUGACCUAUCCAAAGAUUUUCAGCUGUUUGUGCAUGAAAGACUACACCUAGCACAGGGAGUGCUGACCCAAGGUUUGGGAAGCUGGAAAAGGCUGGUAAGCUCCUUCUCCAAACAACUUGACCACGUGAGUGCUGGAUGGCCUUCGUGCCUGUGGGCAGUUCCAGCCACCGUGAUGCUGCCACAAGAAACUAGGAAACUCACGAUGGGUAGACACAUAGAUGUCUAUGUGCCACACAUGGUGAGCUCUGUUUUCGAACAAAAGGGGAGCCAUUGGCUAUCUCCAAGCAGGAUGAUGAAAUUCCAGGCAAUCCUGACUGAGCAGGAUGAUGUCACACUAAAGACAACUAACCUCUUGAAUCCAGCUUUGUUCCCAGGUACCACAACUGAAGAAGGCCCAUUAGAGCAUGGCUGUGUAGAAGUAAUAGAGUACAGCUAUUCAGCAAGAGAAGACCUGAAAGACAUCCCACUGGAGCAACCAGAGUGAGAGCUAUUCACAGAUGGAAGCAGCUUGGUGGAGAACAGGACCAGAUACGCUGGAUAUGCGGUAACAACAGUCAGUACAAUUGUGGAGGCAAAAGCAUUAUCAGCAAAUACAUCUGCCCAGAGGGCAGAACUGGUUGCCUUAACCAGAACACUAGAAUUGAGUAAAGGGAAAUCAAAAAGCAGACUGGACAGCCCGACAGAUUGCUCGAGAAGUGCAAACAACAAUGGCAUUGAUACCUUUAAAGAUUAAUGUAUCUCAAUUUAAUUUGCCUCCAAAACCAAAAUAUUCAAUAGAAGAUGAGAAACUGGGACAUUUUCUAAAUGCACAAA